UUGAAGAAGAGUUCUUCUUGUUUUGUAUCUCAGUUUCUCUCUUUUCAACACACACUAAUUAAAUUGAAACAAACAAAAAAUAAGGUCGGUUAGCCUAGCGAAACCGAGCCUAGCGUACCGCUACAGCGAUGUGAGCGAUCGCAUCGGGGGAUUCUUUGCCGAGAUCUCGGAGUGUUUGUAAAUAUUUAUUUAAAUAAUUUGUGGGGGGAGAGAGAGAAGCACUACCGCUCAAGUGAGUAGAAGGAGGGGAGUUGGAGAGAGUAAACACCAGUCUCAGUGCCAGCUGACAGGCUGAAAGUUUCCUGGGACUCUCUUUCCGCCGAACUGGAUCAAUGAUGGAAUUGCAAACAUUACAGGAGGCCCUGAAAGUGGAAAUACAAGUCCAUCAGAAACUUGUUGCCCAAAUGAAACAGGACCCACAGAACGCAGACCUGAAGAAGCAACUUCACGAGCUCCAGGCGAAAAUCACGGCUCUGAGUGAGAAACAGAAAAAAGUGGUUGAGCAGUUGCGGAAAGAGUUGCUGGUUAAACAGGAGCCAGAACUGAAGAUGCAGACACUCCCGGCAGUAGCAGAUGGUAAAACCAUUCUGCUCACACCCACCUGUACCCCAACACAGCCUCCCACAGGGCCUCCACACAACCAGGGGGUGCCACAGAAGACUCUCACAGUGACGCCGGUCAUCACCGCAAAGACUCUACCUCUCGUGCUCAAAGCUGCCACCUCCAUGCCUGCUUCCAUGGCAACGCAACGCUCCACCGUCGCCAUGGUCACUGCCAUCAGCAACCCCCCCAGACCCGGCACCAAUUCCGACUCCCAGAGCACACCAAUCAACCUUCAGGUGGCCAGCAAACUACCCAAUCAGGACGCAGACACAACCACACGGAUCGUGUCCAAGAAUGUCAUUGUCAUGCAGGCCACCACCACCUCUGCCCAGCCUAUCAAAGUUCCCCAGUUUGUCCCUCCUCCUAGAUUGAUGCCUCGACCCACUUUUCAGCCACAGGUUCGGUCGAAACCUCCCACGCCCAACAAUGUGCCCAUUGCUCCAGCUCCCCCUCCCCCUAUGGUGGCAGCUCCCCUGAUCCAGCGGCCCCUGAUGAUCACCACCAAACUGACGUCAUCUCUGCCUGCCUCCGCUGGACCCAUCCAUCAGGUGCGCAUUGUAAACGGACAGCAGUGCACCAUUGACAAGACCAUGGCCACAGUCACAGGAAGCACCACACAAGUCACAGGCAUCGUCAUCAGCCCUGCCCAGACAAUUCAGAUCAGCAACCUUAACUCGGACAAAAAGACUGUGAAACCACAGGGAGGUUCAGAAAAUGUGGUCACGAGUACACCACCCUCAUCCUCUCCUCCCCUUCCUCCUCCUCCUCCUAAGGUCAAACGAGAAGAAAGUCCACAGAAACUUGCUUUUAUGGUCUCUCUCGGGUUGGUCACAUAUGACCAUCUUGAAGAGAUUCAGAGCAGAAGACAAGAACGCAAAAGGAGAACAACAGCCAACCCAGUGUACAGCGGAGCAGUGUUUGAACCAGAGAGGAAAAAGAGUGCCGUCACCUAUUUGAACACUCCAUUGCAUCAAGGGACCAGGAAAAGAGGUCGCCCUCCCAAAUACAGCACCACCACAACCAGCAACAGCAGUACUGCAGUGCCGGAGCUGGGCUGCAACCCCCUGCUCUCCCCCACCAGCAGCCUCCCCGCCUCCCCAGCCCCUGAGCGGCCUGAUAUAGGGGGCUUUCCCCUCUCUGUCCACCCUCAUUCUGUCCCCCAGCCCAGCCCCAGCUCCGGGGAUGGAGACAUCCAUGAGGAUUUCUGCACUGUGUGCAGACGCAGUGGACAGUUGCUCAUGUGUGACACAUGCUCGCGUGUCUACCAUCUCGACUGCUUGGAGCCGCCCCUCAAAAACAUUCCCAAAGGCAUGUGGAUCUGUCCUAAAUGUCACGACCAGAUUCUGAAGAAGGAAGAGGCCAUUCCCUGGCCAGGAACCCUUGCAAUCGUCCAUUCUUACAUUGCUUACAAAGAAGCGAAAGAAGAAGAAAAACAGAAGAUAAUGAAAUGGAGCGCUGAGCUAAAGCUGGAACGAGAGCAACUGGAACACAGAGUAAAACAGCUCAGCAACUCUAUAACGAAAUGCAUGGAGACCAAGAACAGCAUACUUGCCCGUCAGAAGGAGAUGCAGGCCUCUCUGGAGAAGGUGAAACAUCUUGUCCAUCUGAUCCAGAGCUUUAACUUGUCUCAAUCCAUGGAGACGGACGUUCUGCAGGAUACCAAACCGGACUGUGCAGAGUCAGGGAGCCUCAAAGACUCUAAGGACACUACUCAAUUCUGUUUGCAAGAGAACCCUGCCGAGCCUAAUGUGCAAGUACCUGCAGCAGUAGCAGUCCCAGAAGUGCAGGCAGAGCCAGAAGUGGGAGAAAUCGCAGAACCUGCAGCUGCAGUCACACCCAAAGCUGUGUCUGGUGAAUUGGGGGUCAUGGAAAUGCCCGAAGCCACAGUUAGCGAAGAUAUGUUGGGUGCGGCGAAAGCGGCAGAGCCAGCAGAAUUGUCCCCGAUCAGGGACGUAAAGGCCAAUGGAGGGACGGACUGUGUUUGUACUGGCUUGAACCCGGAAGUAGACAAGGGUGUGGUUGAAACUGCAGACUCUGAGAACAUUCCUCCCAAUGUCGCCAGCUGUGGAGAGGAAGCUGAAAAGAUGGAGGUGGAACGGCAGGGCAACGGAAGUUAUGGCGUCAACAACAACGGCAAAACCUCAGAACCUUCUCAGCAAGCUUUGCCAGCCCCUCUCAGCAAUGUGGACAUCCCAAAAUAGUUCUCAGCCUCAUCCUAAACACACUUGCAUCACCAAAACAUUUAAAACAGAUUUCCUAUAGCACCUUGGACUGGUGCACAAAGUUGCCAAUCUAUA